GGGCUGCCCUCUUCUCUUCUCUUCUCUUCUCUUCUCAAACCCUAAAAUCCCAACUCCAACUCCACAUAUUCUUCACUCCAUCCCAGUCGGCUGUCGCAAACGUAGCGCCGUAGCGGCAUGAGCAUCGACGAUCCGUGAAUCCGAGCCAACCCGCCCGUUUUGUGGCAUUAUAUUCUCCGAUCACCGCCGGUACCCUGAACCGUGGCGUGGUGAUUGAUCUCUCCGACUAGGCCUCGUAUUCUUCUUCAGGCCUGAGACAGCUCGUUGCCGCCUGCCGUCGUUGUUCUUCAAUCCCCAGUCGCCUGUCGAUCUCUGUCAUUGGAAAGGAUGAGAUUCCAAGCACUAGGCUGUGGUCAUGAAUCAUGCGAGGACUGUAUCGACGAUGAUGAGGUGGAGAUGGAGGAUAUCCUAGAGUCUGCUGCGACUGCUAAUAAGUACUACCACCAUCGUCUGGUGUCCUCCAGCCGCCUACACAAGAAAGAUCCGACGUCGGAUAGGGCGUCCUACAGGGCAACUCUCACUAACAAGACCAAGAGGAAGAUGAAGAAGAAGAAGAUGAAAGUGGUCAGGGACCAAGUGCACUACUUCUACCUCUAGUACGUACAACGUACCGGCUUAAUUUCUCCUGCAUUUCCCAAUACUGUGCUGCGAAAAGAGCACUUUAGUAUUUCGUUUAUGUUUUAGAUCGGCUAGGGUUUUCAGUUUGGAAUCUAUAUAUUACCACUUAUUAUGAUUCAGCCAGAUUAUCGAAUAAUAAAGAAUUCAAAUAAGGG